AGCUGCACAGCGUCUGGUCUAUACUCACAGAGCAAUCAGUGCUCUCACAUGGAGAACUUGUGCAAACAGCAGUGCACUUCCCACCUGGAAAAGGCACCCGUGGUACCAGCCUGGAGCAGCCUGAACAAUCUGCCAACUACAGGGCCACUGAACAAACCUCAGGACUCAGCACCCCAAGUAAUUGAGGGUACCAAUGGGCAGAGAAAGCGCAAGAGGACUCUGUACAGCAAAUGGCAGCAGGUGGAGCUGGAGAGUGUAUUUGCUGUGGUGCCGUACCCGGAUAUCACUACUAGAGAGUACCUGGCCAAUGUCAUCAGGCUACCUGAGUCCAAAGUACAGGUUUGGUUUCAGAAUCGCAGAGCUCGAAAAAGCAAGAGUGGCAAGUUGGACAGGUCCAUUUACAGAAGAGCAUCUUCAUAUCGAAACUCGCAAUUGGCACUACACAAAGGAUCAUCAAUACAUGGCUGCUUCCAAAGAGACCCUCUGGUCGCCAUGCAAUACUCUCUAAACCAUACAGUGCAAUAUGUACAAGAUGGUCAUCAUGGAGCAACCUUACAACAGUCGCAAGGCCAGCAAUUUCUUCAACCAUCAUAUUCCCUCUAUCAGCAAUACCUUGGUGGGGAAGAGUCCAUGUGCUACAACUCUGGUCAAAGUGAUAUCUGCUUGGAACAUUUUACCUCAAAUAAAACCAGCCCUGGCUAUGGGUAUGAGGCCAAGCUCUAUGACACACAGUUUAUUGACCUAGAGCAACUCAUUAAUACUCAGAUACAAAGUUUGGAGUUGUUUCCUCAUACUAUGAAUGAGAAUGGAUCACCAACUUCACUAGGCUACAUCUCUGAUGUCAUCUAUAAUGCUGCCAUAGUCACCAAUGUAGGAGAAUUUUAA